CCCGCAACCACAAAAGCGCGACUGGGUUUAUCCCGAUGUCAAGAUGCGUCGUUUUGGUCUUGACAGCCCUCAAUUUAUCAGCGACUAUGUGGAACGGAUUCAAGCCGAUAGCCUUAUUAGUCUCGAGUUUCUUCAAAUUUUAAACCGCUAUUUCUGCAGCCGAUUGCGUCCGUGAUGCUGAACCAUGGCAAUGUGGGUUGCCGCGGGCAGCCUAUCAGCGACUCUGCAUUUGCACAUUUCUGGAAGGCAUCCAUUCGAAUCCACAUUGACAGGACAUCCUCCCUAAAAUACUUACACCAGACCUUGUAUCUCCAGACAUCACUUGACGUCUUCAACAUCCUGAGUACGUGUCGGUUCAACGCGAUACUUUCAGAGUAAACAAGAGCGAGCAAAUCAACUCGGUUCUAUCUAGUCUAAGCUGUUUCAAAAGAAGAGAAAAAAAUGCCCCUCAAAGACUCGUACCUGCUGCCGGCGGCGGCCGACAUGCAUGUGCAUCUCAGGAACGCGCCGGGGCCCAUAUCGCAGCUGGUGACGCCGAUGAUUCGGCAGGCGGGCGUCGACUGCGUCUUCGUCAUGCCCAACCUGGCGCCGCGGCCCAUUGUCACGGUCGACGAGGCGCUCGAGUACCAGCGCCGCCUGCAGGCUCUCGACCCCAGCGUCACAUACCUUAUGUCGCUGUACAUGCACGAGAGCCUCACGCCCGACGAGAUCCGCAAGGCCAGGAAGGCCGGCAUCGCGGGCGUCAAGGCCUAUCCCCGGGGCGCGACCACCAACUCGCAGUGGGGCGUCGUCUCGUUCGAGCCCUUCCACGACGUGCUGGCCGCUAUGGAGCAGGAGGGCGUUGUCCUCAACCUCCACGGCGAGGUCCCCAGCAGCGCCGCCGACGGCGUCACCGUCAUGAACGCCGAGGCCAAGUUCCUCCCCGUCCUCGGCGAGCUCAUCGCAAAGUACCCUCGCCUGCACAUUGUCCUCGAGCACUGCACCACCGCUGCCGCCGUCGACGCCGUCAGGUCGUUUGGCGAGAUUGUCGUCGGCACCAUCACAGCUCAUCAUCUAUCUCUGCUCGUCGACGACUGGUCGGCCAAUGUGAACAACUACUGCAAACCAUCGGCCAAGAGCCCCGAGGACAGGCAGGCUCUGCUUGACGCCGUGGUUCGUAGUAACGGAAAGUUUUUCCUCGGCACAGACAGCGCACCGCACGACAUCGGCGCAAAGAAAGGCAAAGGCAACACGGCCGCCGGCGUCUUCACUCAGCCGUACGCGCUGGGAUACGUCCUCAUGGCCCUCGAGGAGGCCAUCCAGAGGGGCGACAUCAGCGAGGACGACGUCACGGAGGACGCGCUGGUCGGCUUCUUUGGCACGUACGGGCGGCGGUUCUACGGCGCCGAGGCGGCGGACCGCAAGAUCCUCCUGACCCGCGGCGGCCAGGUCAUUGCCCAGUCUCUCAAGGGCGACGGCGCCGAGAUUGUGCCGUUCCGCGCCGGCGAGACGACCUGGGGCGUAGAGUGGCAAUAGCACUGUCUACGAUGUAAAACGGGGGCUAAAUGUGAAUAUAUAUACGUUUUGAUGUUUGUCACUCAAAAACGACUGGAUAUAAACGGAAAAGGGGUGAACCGGGAAUGAUCGGGAACUCACACGACUAGAC